AUGGCGUGGAGUCACCUCGACAUCACCAAGCCGCACUUGGUGUACAUCAUCCUCGGCGGCUUCACUUCCAUCUUCAUGCUCUGCUCCUCUGUUAUCAAGGAGCGCAUGUACAUUGGUGAAGCCACUGUUGCUACCCUGUGCGGUGUCAUAUUUGGUCCCCAUGCCGCCAACCUGAUUGAUCCUCAAUCAUGGGGCUCGACCGAUAUCGUCACCGUCGAAUUCUCUAGAAUCGUUCUUGUUGUACAAUGUUUCGCCGUUGGUGUCGAAUUGCCCAAGUUCUACAUGGAGCGCCAUUGGAAGUCUGUCAUCUUUCUCCUGGUCCCCGUCAUGACCUUUGGCUGGCUCAUUACAAGUCUGUUCAUUUUCUGGAUGAUCCCGGCGUUGGACUGGCUUGACAGUCUUGUUGUGGCUGCUUGUGUUACUGCUACUGAUCCUGUCCUGGCCUCCUCCGUUGUCGGAAAGGGAAAGUUUGCGAAGCGAGUUCCUAAGCAUCUUCGAGAUUUAUUGUCUGCUGAAUCUGGAUGUAACGAUGGCAUGGCGUUCCCCUUCAUCUAUCUGUCUCUAUAUCUGAUUCAGUACAAGCGAGAUGUCCAGGAUGUGAGCUUCCACUUCGUUGUAUAUGUCCUCCUCUACGAGUGUGUUUUUGGUGCUAUUUAUGGCUUCGUUAUUGGCUACAUUGCCCGCCAUGGUAUCAAGUUCGCCGAAAAGCGUGACCUUAUCGAUCGAGAGAGUUUCCUCGUCUUCUACUUCGUUGUUGCGCUCUGGUGCGCUGGCUCUGGUAGUAUCCUUGGCCUGGACGAUCUGCUCGUCGGUUUCGCUGCCGGAGUCGGUUUCUCCAACGAUGGUUGGUUUGGCGAAAAGACUGAAGAGUCUCACGUAUCCAACGUUAUCGAUCUUUUGCUUAACUUGACUUAUUUCGUCUACUUUGGAACGAUCAUCCCAUGGGAGCAAUUCAACAACGAUGUCUUUGGCAUGAAGGCUUGGAGACUUGUGGUCAUAGCCGUUUUUGUCCUCCUCUUCCGCCGAAUUCCUAUCAUGCUGGCCCUGAAACCGCUUAUACCGGACGUCAAAACAUGGCGCGAGGCCUUGUUCGCUGGCCAUUUCGGACCCAUAGGUGUGGGCGCCAUUUUUGUGGCCAUUCUGGCACGGGCUGAACUAGAGCAUGGCGAACCAGUGCCCCUAGCACAGAUGCCGUCUGAGGAUGCUGAUCAUUAUGAGCUCAUAUACCUCGUGUGGCCUAUAGUCAGCUUUCUGGUUGUCACCUCGAUUCUCGUCCAUGGAUCCACCAUCGCCGUAUUCACUCUCGGAAAGCGCAUCAAUACCUUGAGUUUGACCAUGUCAUACACAGCAGCCCCCGAAGAUGGCCCAUCCUGGAUGAACCGACUGCCUCGAAUCUCAUCACAAUCUAGAUCCCAGGCGAGAUCCUUUUCAGAAGCUUCCAUUGAUGAAGAGAAGGGACCCCAGAUUCCUCCCGACGCCGCAGUUCCUGCCAAUAGCCCCUACAGUCAUUUGUUGCGCAGACAACGAGAUAACAACGGCGAGAGCCGGUCGUCCUCCGUUGUGUCACGAAAGCGCAAGAACAAGAACUGGGACGAGAACCUUGGCCCCGGAGGUCCCAUUACCCAAUCCGCCAUCUUUCCCCAACGACAAGAAUCGGCUCCCAUGUCUCCUACCGAGCAGUAUGAGCAAGAUAAUACUGAAUCAACUCUGGCCGCCGACGAUAGCUCUAAGGAGAAGGAUCCUGACAGGAUUGAGAAGGCAGGAGAGAGCUCUUCGGGUAGCAGUGGCCAGAAGACGCCACCUAAGCCUGUAAAUAUUUACGAAGAAGGCCAUGACCUAAUAUUCGAGAACAAGGAAGGAGACGUACUUGAUGUUGAGCCCGCACCCGAUUCUCACCGAGAGGACGAGAACCAUGUACCUAUCACAGCUGUCAAACCAGCGCACGACAAGUUGUGGACCAUGUCUGGCUUCAAGAAGAGAGUGGGAGAUGUCUACAACUUUGAGAUGGAGAAGCGUAAGGAUAAGGGUACCGACCGACGACAUGAACCCGCCAGAGCCUACCAAUUCGGAAACACGAUCAUUGUCGAAGACGAGGACGGUGAAGUCGUUAAGACCUAUGAACUGCCCACGACUAAGGGUGAGAACUCUGAAGCCGGCCCUAGCACGCCCGGAUGGGCCAAGCUUGGAGGUAUAUUUGGAGGCGAUAACAACAACAACACCAACAAUGCAAACGAACAGAACAGAAAGAAGUCUAUCGCAGAGAAUCAAGCUGCCGAUGACAAGGCUAUUCGCUUCACGAUUGGUGGUGUCGGCCAGCGUAUGACCAAGGAGGACUUCAUCCGUGAAGUGCAGAAGCUGGAUUCGCGAACAAGAAAGGAGGUUGUAGAGCAAUCAAACGCCUCACAAGCUAUCAAGAAGGUUGCAAAGCAGGAUCUACCACCCGAGACAGCUAUCAAGGCCGCCAAGGCUGCAGAACACCACGCCAUCGGAAAGGAGAAGCAAUCUGCUGGUCCCUCUGCGGCCCCUGCUCGCCAUCCAGGUCUAACAAGCCCACCUAGACCCUCCGAACAAACAGGAGAGACAGCUGUCGAGCGAAAGCGUCGCUUGGCAGUGCUCCAAGAUCAGGAGGAUGAGCAGCAUAUGGAGGAGAUAGGCGAGACACCAGCUGAGAGGAGAAGAAGAGAAGCUGCUUUGGGUGUUGGCAAUGACGGUGAUGACAGUGAUGACGAGGGUGGUGAGAGGGUGCCACCCAACAGGCGAGGUAUCACAUUUGCCGAUUCGACACGGCCUGGCAGGGGUAGGACUGCAAAGUAA